GAACCUUUUGUUCUGAGGCUGUGAGUCAGUCGGAGCGGUUUAAGCGGGACACCGACAGGACAACUUGGAAGCUGGACCAGCUGAAGCUGCGCGAGGACGAUGAGCACCAAACAGGUGACCUGCAGGUAUUUCCUCCAUGGCGUGUGCAGGGAGGGCAGCCGCUGCAUGUUCUCUCACGACCCGACGACCAGUAAACCCUCCACCAUCUGCAAGUUCUACCAGAGAGGAGUGUGUGCCUACGGAGAGCGCUGCAGGUACGACCACAUCAAACCUUUAUCCAGAGGAGGGGGAGGAGCUCCAGAUGAGCAGGCAGGUGGAGGAGCAGGUGGAGGAGCAGGAGGAGGACCAGCUGGAGGAGGAGCUUCUGUCCGAGCUGGAGGCAGGAAGACGCUGGUCCUGAGAGACCGAGGUCUUGGUGUUGACGAGAUGUUUGGAGGUGCAGCAGACAGUUUGGGGUCAGAGGUCACGGCAGCACCGCCUCAUUCAUACGUGGAGGCCAUCAGGACGGGAUUGGACGCCUCGGCGCAGGACCAAGCCCCUCCCCCGGUGGGCGUCGCCCCCCAGCUGUGUCCCUACGCCGCCGCCGGACACUGUUACUAUGAAGACAACUGCACGUAUCUCCAUGGCGACCUGUGUGAGGUCUGCCGGCUGCGCGUGCUGCACCCCCACGAUCCAGAACAGAGGAGAGCUCACGAGAAGAUGUGUCUUCUGGCCUUUGAGAGAGACAUGGAGAAGGCGUUCGCAGCCCAGCUGAGCCAGGACAAGGUGUGCUCCGUCUGCAUGGAGCUGGUGGUGCAGAAGGCGAACCCGUCUGAGAGACGCUUCGGCAUCUUGUCCUCCUGCUGUCACGUCUUCUGUCUGUCCUGCAUCAGGAAGUGGCGCUGCACCAGGACCUUCAGCAACCAGAUCAUCAAGUCUUGUCCGGAGUGCCGGGUCGUCUCAGAGUUUGUCAUCCCGUCGGUUUAUUGGGUCGAAGACCAGGAAGACAAGAACCAGCUCAUAGACCUGUUCAAGUCUGGAGUCAGUAAGAAGGCCUGUAAGUACUUCGAUCAGGGUCGCGGUUCGUGUCCGUUUGGAGGGAAGUGUUUGUAUCUUCACGCGUUCCCAGACGGAACCCGAGCAGAACCGGAUCGGCCCCGCAAACAGCUGAGCUCCGAGGGGAACGUCCGGUUCAUGAACAACGUGCGUCUGUGGGACUUCAUCGAGGAGCGCGAGCGUCCGGCUCCGCCCCUGCCGUCCCUCGAUGAUGACAUCACCGAGCUCAGGGAGCUCUUCAUGCAGAUGUCGGCGCCGAGUCACGAGGGUCCGGAGCCGCCCGCCGCCGACGCGUAGAGACGCCCGAGUGGACUGCUUCCUCUGGUCUCCAUGGCAACCAGCGAUGUUUAGGGAUGAGUCAUUCUAAUAUUAAAUCAUGUGAUCAAG